CUUUCAUUGGUUUUUUCUUUUGCUUUAUCCGAUUUCUGGACACUCCCAAUAUUUGUGCUUAUUAGCUCUUAAUUCUGUUUUAUUGAACAUGUGGGUUCUGUCAAUAAAGCAUUGUAGAAGUUGCCAAGUUAUCAGCUUUUGUUAGUUUCAAAGGGAAGUUCAAAAACUCACAGUGAUAUGGAGAAGGAGUUGGGGGGGAAGGGAGGUUUUGCACUGUAAAGGUCAGUAAUUCACAAGAGUCCAAGUUUUUGAAUUGAGGAGCAAAUCACCAUUGAACUCUUCACAUACUCCACUGGGGCUGUGUGGUUUUUAUUGGAGGUGAACUCUGGUUCAUCUUUCUUGGUCUUUUCUGGUGUCUAUCUUCUUUCCUCUUCUUGCUUACCUCUAUAGCUUUACAUAUCCUGCUUUCCAUAAUUAUAGUCUACUGUCAAUCCGGUUGUUAGUGAUACCAAAUAUAGAAAUAAUUUAGAUCCAACCUUCAAGAAAAAUCCAUGGUUUUGGCGACUGGUUUAUAGUCUGGCCUCGAUUCUGGAGCAAUUUGGUAUAUAUCUUUUCCUCAUCUCGUGAGUGAUUUGGCUGUUGAUAAUUCAGAGAAGGCUAGAUGUCUGUAGAUGAAGGAGGCAGUGGUUCUCUGUGGACUAGAGAACAUGACAAGGCAUUCGAGAAUGCCCUUGCUACUUAUCCUGAAGAUGCUUCAGAUCGGUGGGAGAAAAUUGCAGAGGAUGUACCUGGUAAAACUCUAGAAGAGAUUAAACAUCACUACGAGCUUCUGGUUGAGGAUAUUAACCAGAUUGAAGCUGGCUGUGUGCCUUUACCUUGUUAUAGUUCUUCUCCAGAAGGUUCAACGAGCCAUGCUGGUGAUGAAGGAACUGGAAAGAAGGGUGGUCACUUAGGACAUCAUAAUAGCGAGUCCAAUCAUGGUAAUAAAGCUUCAAGGUCAGAUCAGGAGCGCCGUAAGGGGAUUGCUUGGACUGAGGAUGAGCACAGGUUAUUUCUCCUUGGUUUGGACAAAUAUGGGAAGGGUGACUGGCGAAGUAUAUCAAGAAACUUUGUGGUGACAAGAACACCUACCCAAGUAGCCAGCCAUGCUCAAAAGUAUUUUAUUCGUCUGAACUCAAUGAACAAAGAUAGGAGGCGCUCCAGCAUUCACGAUAUCACCAGUGUUGGCAAUGGAGACAUUGCAACACCUCAAGGACCGAUAACUGGUCAAACAAAUGGUUCUGCGGUGGCAGGUUCCUCGGGCAAAGCAGCUAAACAACCACCUCCACACCCAGCUGGUCCCCCAGGAGUUGGUAUAUAUGGUCCACCAACUAUAGGCCAGCCUAUAGGAGGUCCCCUUGUUUCAGCAGUUGGCACCCCAGUGAAUCUUUCAGCACCAGCACACAUGGCUUAUGGUGUUAGAGCCCCAGUACCAGGAGCAAUGGUUCCUGGUGCACCGAUGAACAUGGGUCCUAUGACAUAUCCGAUGCCGCCUACAACCACUCAUAGGUAAACAAAUGUGGUCGGCUUCAAAUGUACAAAAGACAGAAGAAUUUUCGCAUGUGUUCAUGUUGGGUUACUGAGUUCUCCAUUUUAGCCUGAAUAAGGUUCUGCGCAUCUGCUUAUUCGCAAGCGAAAGUUGUCUAAUGUCAUUUUGUUUAUUCUGGUGCCCCUCUCAAAUAAGCCAUAGGGAGAGAAAACUAUAGACAUCUGUAUAGGCAGCAGCUGUGGAAAAUAUGGCAGCAUUUCUGGGAUAGGACAACAUUUUAUUUAUCUUUUGUAGUUACAUUACAAACCUAGACUUGUAGAAGUAGUCAGUUGAUGUAUUUUUUUUCCCCUUUUCUUUUAUGGCCAAAGUUGUAAAGAAUCCAUUUAUAUCUCAACUCUUCUCAGUAGCAUAUGAGGCACAUAUUUUGCUA